AAGUCCGAGCGCUGAUCAGCUGUCCGAAUCAACUUUAUAUUGUAGUAGUACGCUUGUUCGGAACACAGUUGUAAAGUCGGUAGACACGGCGGCGGGCGUAUAAUUUCUGAUUCAUAUGAAGCUGAGGAAAUAAAUAAGUGAGAUGUUGCGCGGAGUAUUUCUACUUGUGCUGUGCGUCAACGUGGGAGUUGGAGCUGAAGGAGACGUCUGUGUCGACAAUGGAGUUACCGGUAAAUGUGUUCCUAUCAAGAAAUGUCUAUCGGCGCUACAAAAUAUAGUAUACAAAAAGCACCCUCAGAUAUGUUCGUUCGAUAAAGUCGAACCGACUAUCUGCUGUGUUGACAACGAGGCGUCGGGACCUAUCGCCACUACUUCAUCCAUACCGCAUACAUCGACCACGGAGUAUAUACCGCCCACAUAUGACUACGACAAUUCGGAGGAGAAAGAGGAAAGUAAAUGCGGACCAUUGGACCCAGUGCUGACAUCACCAAAAACAGGACGAAAGGCGUGGGACAAAUGCGUGGAGUACCAAGAGAAACUGGUAUAUCCUUGCAAGAAGAGCACGGCGCUCAUCGGGGGGUACGAGAGAAAGUACGAGUGCUACCACAACGCGGACGAACUCAUCGUCGGGGGAGUGAACGCGAGUAGAAACGAAUUCCCCCACAUGGUGCUAUUAGGCUUCAAUACUACCACUGGGAUCAGCUGGAUGUGCGGAGGCUCUCUCAUCAGCGAGAAGUUCAUCCUUACUGCUGGACACUGCGUGAUGCAUAAGGACUUUGGCGAUGUGAAGUAUGCCAGUAUCGGCGUGUUGUCACGGGGAGAGGUUACGCCAGAGAACACUUACAAGGUGAAGAGGAGUGUGCGCCAUCCGCAGUACAGGAUCGACGUCUACAACGACAUUGCAGUCAUCGAGCUGGAGAAAGAAGUUACGCUGGACGCGUUCACAGUGCCUGCGUGUUUGCAUGUCGGUGACCCGAUCGACUACAGCAGAGCAAUAGCGACUGGUUGGGGGCUGUUAGAGGAUCGCGGCGCUACUCCAUCUGAUGUAAUGCAGAAGGUGAUAGUCAAGAAAAUUAGAAAAGCUACUUGUCAAAGGGACUAUCCCGGAGACACAUCAACUAUCGCUGCAAAAUAUGAUAGUGAAAGUCAACUUUGCUACGGAGACAGACAGGAGAAAAAAGAUACUUGCCAGGGAGACAGCGGCGGACCGCUGCAGCUCAAGCACAAGAAGAUAAACUGCAUGUAUUUGGUGAUCGGUGUAACGUCUGGCGGCAAGGGAUGUGCUCUGCGCAACAAACCGGGUCUCUACUCCAAGGUGUCGCACUACCUCGAUUGGAUCGAGAGUAUCGUGUGGCCUUGAUGCCUUGUCAUCAGCCAGGAUUUGCAAAAAAUAUGGUGAACAUUUUAAUAAACAAUAAAUUAUACUAAUUAAUCUUAUAUAAUACUCCAUGUAACACCUAGUAUUGUUUUUGAAAAGAAUCUCUUCGACCAGUUUGUUUAAUUUCUCGAUGCUCAGGUGUCGUAAUGUUAGUUUGUAUUGUGUUAAAGAAAAUAUUGUCCAUGGUCUUGCAAUUUUCGUUGACUAAAGAUAUUAUAAGAGCUUUAUAUAAUUCCCUAUGAUUUGUUAUGGAAUUCUUGUAAUAAAUUUUUACAAUAAAAA